AUGAAAGAAGAGUUGAGCAAAGAUAAAUUAAUUUUUAUAUCAAGAAAUCAAUUUGAGUAUGAAAUGAUCAAAGAAAAACUAGAAAAUUACACUUAUGAAGAAGAUGAAGGUGUAUUUGUGACAGAAUAUAAGGCAGGAAAAAUAGAUGGUGUAUUAAGCUUUACUCCUAAAGAAUUUCAUUCACUACUUAAUAAAUCAAUAGAAUUUGAGAAAAUUGAACCAAUCAAUUAUGAUUUUGAUUGGGUUAAAGAAGAGAAUUUUAGUAUUUGUUACUCAAAUAAUGUAUUUGCAACAUAUACAGUUGAUAACAAGAGUAUAGUAGAAAAAUACGAAGUCAAUAAUAUUUCAAAAGCAUUUUAUUCACCAGAUGGAACUAUACUAGCCUUUGUAAAUAAUCAAACAUGUAAAUUUAUUGCUAACGAUGCAAAUAACUUAGUACUUGAAAUUGAACUUGAGAGUAGUAUAAAUAAGGUAGUUUUUAGUAAUAAUAUAAACCAAACAUAUGCUAUUUUAGAAACAGAUAAAAAUUAUUAUGUGUUAGAUGUUAAUAAGAACAGUGAAUUACUUAAGUUUUCAUCACAGUCGUAUGAAAUUACAUACAGUGGUGUUUAUUUAAAAGAUGACAACAUGUUUAUGAGAUUUGAUGAUGAAAUAGUUUCUGAAGUAAAAUGUGAUAAAAUAUUUUUUAGUGAAACAGAUGAUAGAAUAGUAGAAUUCUAUAAAAAUGGUUCACAAAAGAUUGUUAUAAAGAAAGAUAAUCAAAUAAUUAAAACCAAAACAUUUAGUAGUAUCAUUGAUAUUCACGUAGCUUUUAAUACAAAUCAAUGUAUCUGUGUUUUUAAAAACAAGAAUUCUUCUACUUUUAUAAGCAUAUUUGAAGGUGAUUUAAUCACUAAUAAGCUUAUUGAUAUUAAUGUGAAUGAAGUAUAUGCAACUGAUAAUAGACUUGUAAUUGUUGAUAGUUUAUUUAAAUUACAUGUUUUUGUAAUAAAAACUAAUUCAAUUGAUUUUAAAGAAAUUAUAAAUAAAAACAAUGAAGUCAAACUGUCAUUAAAUAGAGAUGUAAUUGUAUUAUUUGAUUAUAUGGAAUCAAAUAUAGAAUUUUAUGAUAAUGAAGUUUGUAGAACUAAAUUUACGUUUAAAAAUUGUUCUGAUAUGAAAUGGAGUUGUAAUAAGCUUUACUUGGCUGUUUAUUCAUAUGAGACUGCUGGUAAUAAUUUACAAAUUUUUAACUUAAAUGGAAAGUUAAUUUUUAAAAAGAAUUUUGACAAUUUAAGAUCAUUUGAAUGGAGAAAUUAUAAAGUGAUUGAUUCAGUUACAAGAGAUUUAAUAAUUAAAAAUAACUCUGAAAGCAUAUCAAAGUUAAUAGAAGAUGAUAAAGAAAUUUUAGUUGAUAAAUCUGAAUUGAUUAAACAGUGGAGAGAUUAUCUUUUAACAAUUAAACAAUAA